AUGACUGGUAGACACAACUCAGUAGUAACCCGCAUCAAAGAAAAGUGUCCAGCUGUGUUUGACUUUGGAUGUGUGUGUCAUCUUGCCAACCUUUGUACUGUUGCUGGUGUGAAGGCCCUUGCUCUGCCAGUAGAAGACCUCCUAGUGGAAGUUUACUUCCACAUCUUUCACAGGUAUUAUAACAUUAAGAUAACAUUGUUUAUAUUAAAAAUUUUUCCAACAGAAAAGAAAAGUAUAAAGAGUUUUUUGGAAUUUACAGACACAGAACCUAGCAAGAUCAUCAAGCACAGCAGCACCAGAUGGCUUAGUUUAGAAAAGUGUGUUGGGCGUCUUCUUCACCACUGGGCAGCCCUUACUUCCUACUUUAACUCACAUGACGAGGUGGAGAAGCCAGGCCGUAUAAAGCGUUGUGCCAACUACCUCAGUGACCAUGAGAUGCACCUGUACUACCACUUCCUAAGCUUCAUACUGGAACCACUGAACCACUUUAACACCAUGUUUCAAGCUGAUGAGUCACGUAUUGGUUUCUUGAGCCAGGAGAUGACAGUCCUCCUACAUACUUUCCUUGGCAAGUUUGUAAAAGCCAGAGUCAUCCAGUCACACCAAGACUUGACAACAGUACCCUAUAGUGACACAGGCAACCAACUCCAAGACAACAUCCUAGCAGUUGGCCUCUAUACCCGUACCUACAUGGCAGACCACACAGAUGACAUUAGCCCAUCAGUCCUUGCCAAAUUCUUCAAGUCUGUCAGAACCAUAAUCAGGCCGUUUUUAUUUAAUAAGUUGGAUUACGGAUAUCAGCCCAAAAAACUUAGGGUAGGAGGAGGGAAAAAAAAUAAAUUUAAACUAGAUCUUUCCAGUUUUGUUUUUUUUACUUGGUUUACGGAUAUCAUCAGGGCUCACACUUCUUCAGAAUUAUAGGGAGAAGUGACUUUUCUUUUUGAAACUGAUAGGGAGAA